AUGUCAGACGGGGGUUAUUAUUUGAAAGUGAUUCCAUUUCGAGAUGUGAAAAUACCAAUACUACUUCAGAAUCAGAACGGACCAUGUUCACUAAUAGCCAUCAUGAACGUUUUAUUAUUGAAACGUCAUAUUCAUAUAAAUCAUCAACAGACGAGUUUUAUUUCAGCCAAAACAGUUUUAGAAUAUUUAGCAAAUUAUUUGUUUGAACAGCAACAACAACAAAAGCGAUCAGAGGAUGAUUAUGAUGCAAACUAUGCACAGAAUGUGAAUGAUGCGUUGAACGUUCUUCGGCAUAUGGACACCGGUUUGAAUGUUAAUGUUCGAUUCAAUGGUAUUCAAAAGUUUGAAUUUACUCGUGAAUGUGCAAUAUUUGAUUUAUUAAAUAUUGAAUUGAUGCAUGGGUGGCUCAUCGAUCCGGUGAAAGAGCGUGAGCUGUAUGAUUUGAUCGGCGAUAAAGGUUACAACGAAGUUAUUGAACGAUAUCGAUGUCCACUAACAGAACGCUUCCUACGUGAAAAUCCAACGCAACUGACGGAUUAUGGUCUGAAAAGACUAGAGGAAACAUUGAAAGAUAAUCAAUUAGUCGUACUAUUUCAUAACAAUCAUUUUAGUACAUUGUACAAAUUUAAUCACAGACUAUUUCUGCUUGUCACCGAUCAAGGCUUUAUUGAUCAAACAAAUGUGGUUUGGGAAACACUAGAUAAUACAAGAGGAAAUAGUCUAAUGUGCGAUGGACAGUUUCGUAAUUAUCGAGAACGCGUCCAACUACAACGAAAUGAAGAACAAGAUGAACAACUGGCUCUUGCCCUUCAACAACAAGAGGGAUAUCAUUACAAUGACAGACACUAUCAACAACGAUAUUAUAAUACUAAAAACUACUAUGACGAUCAAAUGGAAUCUUCGUGCUGUAUUUUGCUGUGA